AUGAAAAUAUUUUAGUCUCUAGUAAUUAUUCAAAGUGUGCUGGUUGCUUUCAGUGAGUAGUAGCAGAUAUGCCCAGCUUUGACUUGUGAUUCCUCUAUAAACUACCCAAUAGUUGACCAGAACAACAUUUGCUUUUAGCAUUCAGCUGAUAGUCCAGUCACUUCAAUCAGAACUUAUUCCUGCAAUUAGAAGCAAUAGUGCGGAUUAGUUGACGGAGAGUAUGCCUGGACAAGAGCAAUUAGGCAAAACAACUCAACUUAAAACAGAACUGCUAGAGAUAACUCUCAGGUUUACCAAAGAAUUACAGAAAAGACCUGUGAGGACAUUCAAGCAGAUGAUUAACUGCUGCAAAAUGGAAGGAAAUGCGAGCUACCCAUUUAAUGUAUAAGUCGUGAUUGCGACAGUGGAAAAAGAAAAUGUGUUGGAAAAGAGGAGGGUCAGUCUUGUGAGUCUCAUCAAGACUGUGACAUCAAUCUUGCAUGUCUUCCUGAUUCUUCUUUCCCCUUCAAAACAACUUGCAAAUUGUUAAAAGGCACGGGAGAGUCAUGCUUAUCAGACUAUGAAUGUUUAAAUACUCACUUUUGCUGGCCUCCUUUGGCCAAUAGCUCUGACUAUAGAUGUCUAGAGAUGUAUUCUCAAGAUUUUAUGAAAGACUAUGGUUUCAUUAGAAACACAUCCCUAACUUAGAUCGAUGCUAGUGUAAAUGCAGGUCGAUAUUGCAAGUCUGGAGUUGCUCUAAUUAUAAACAACUCCUCUUCAAGAUGCAUAGAGAUCGUAAACAUUACCUCAACUAUUGAUAAUCAUACAACAAAUCAAAGUUCCCCUUAUCUUUGUUCUCUGACAAAUAAUGCAAGCAGCGGUUGCAGAUACUGGUAUAGAUUAUUCAAUUAAACUGUGAACAGAGUUCUAGCUGAAGACUAUUGUGAGUGCUCCUUGUAGCCAGCACUGAAUUCUAGAUUUUAAGGAAUCUGCCCAUUUCCAGGCUAAGACUAACUCUCAUAAUUUGUUAAGGCUACAAGAAUCUUAAUUGAGAAUACAGAUUGCCACACUUUAGAUAGAUACAGUAUGAUAGCCUAAAAUGAUUGCGGUGCUGGAGGUAAAGGUGGUGACUUAUAUGACUAGUGGGCAAUUGCAACUGAGACUUUGUUUAACCUGACUUAUUGGCCUUUCAUUCAGAGUAAUCAAACCAAUACAUGUAUGCAGUAAGUAAUGACAUUAAGCAGGCAAAGUAUAGAUAAGUCUCAAGCAUAUAUAAUAUCUUUAUCAUUGUAAUCUUUCAUGAUGGUAUUAGUAACUCUUUUGUUAAUAUAGUAUUGA